CCCAGCCGGUAUUCCCAAACCUGUUCUAUCUUGUUUUUCUGGUAAAUUAAUACCGAUACCGGCACUUGCUUGUUUCAAUAUCAAUUUAUUCUUACUAACGUACACUCCCCCCCUCAUAAUAGAAGACCAUCGCCUAUUAGAAGACUACUGCCGAUUAUAUGACUUGAAAGCCAAAUAAAAGACCAGUGGUCUUCUAUUAUGUCCGCGAAAAAAAUUCGAAAAUGCCCUAUACCUAUUUUGAAAAAAAUUUCGCCAAAACGUACUUCUAAUAGAGGAUGGACUUCAAGUACGUGGGGGUUACCGUUGGACUACUAGCAGGCGAUAAAAAUACAAGACUACCCUUUAGAACUCGACUUGCGGGGCAAAAUAGAAGAGCAGGUGGUCUUCUAUUAUGGCGAGGGGGGGAUGACGAGCUCGAAAUGAGUUAUAAAUGCAUCGUAGAGUUCGAUAGCCACCUCUAUUCAAAAUAUAAGAAGAUACAUGAUUGACAGUUAGUUAAGAAAGGAAUGCUUUAGCUACUACGAACAGUCUUUAUUCUAUAUGGCUGAUGAUGUUGUUCUUGGUAUAAAAACUGGUAUAAAGCAUUAGUCAUUGUGUUCUUUACAGGUUGCAACAAAGAAAUCGUUGUUGCCACUGCGCAAGUGUGCCAGUACAACUGUUAGUGGUACAACAGUAAAUAGUAAAAUUUCUAGCGUCUCUUCAAAUUCAUCACCUGUACAAACAAUGCCUGUCAAUUCAAAUUCAUCAGAAAACCCACGUUCAGUGAACAAUGGACUUGUUGUUGGGUGUCGUGUACAAAUAAGUGGUUUGAAAACUGGCAUAUUACGCUAUAUGGGCACUGUACAUUUUGCCCAAGGACAGUUUUGUGGAAUUGAAUUAGAUGAACCAGAUGGAAAACAUGAUGGAGAAGUUCAAAAUAUUCGAUAUUUUAAUUGCCCUCAAAAUCGUGGCGUAUUCGUUCCAUUAGAGAAAGUGACAAUUGUUGCUCCAACAGCUGAAAAAAAAAUAGUUCCAGGUAAAAAAGAGAUUCCAUCUCGUCCACAACAAAUAAGUCGUUUGAAAGCACCUGCAACUUUGGUUCGUUCAUCCACGAUGCCGUCACCAAUUACUUCCAUUCCAACGUCUGUUCCAUCUAUAGUCCUUCAGUCACAACCAAUGCAGCCAACAAAUCAAAUAUCCUCACCACUGCCAGAUAUUGUACAAAAUACAUUACAUAAUAAUAACAAUCCAAUCAUGACAACACCUGUUCUUUCUGUUAUUGCACCAUCUUCAGCUGGUAAUACUCCAACUGAUAGUGAAAUAGUUCCAGUCAUACCAUUGAUAGAAAAUGAUGAAAGCAAUGCACUUUCUCACAUUCACAAUAGUGAGAAUGAGUAUAGCGACGAUGUAUUCAUUGAAGUUGAUAAUCACCUAACUCCACUAACAAAACCAUUAAAUAAAUCUCAAACAUCCCUAAUCACAUCUGAAUUAACAAAUGCUGUUGAUAAUGCGAGUCCACAUAGCUGGUUAACAGCAGCUACACCAGUAGUUGAACCAUUGCCAGUUUUAACUCCAUCUGUCAUUUCUCAACCACCACCAAUUUUACUUGAACCAUCUGAAUUAGUUGAUAGUGUAUCAUUAAUAUUAAAUCAGUUACAUCAACAAACACAUCAUCAACAUAUCGAAUCGGUUAGUGAAUAUGGAGAUAAUAUGGAUGAAGAUGAUGAGUAUGGAGACGAAGGGCAAGCAAAUAAAGUUAGCGAACAAGAAAAGGAAGCAGAAGCAAUAACGGUAGAAGAAAUCAAUCCAAAUGUCAUGAAUGGUUCAAAUCGUAGUAUAACAAAUUGGGUUCAAACCGAUGUAUCAUUUGCUAGUAACGAUGAUAUUACAUUUGUACGGUCAAAGGAUAUAAAAAAUACGUCGUCUGAUUUAAUAACAAAAUUAGAAAAAUCAACAGAAGAUGGUUCAAAAGAGGAAAGAAACAAGCUGUUAUCAGUACCACCGCUAGUUGAUGAAGACCAACAAAAAGAAAAACUAUCUAAUCAUUUAUCGCGUGAAUCAUCAGUGGCACAUGAUGAGCAGAUCGCCAAGAAUGGUGAAACAAAUGUAUUAUUAUCAGCUGAAUUCUCAAUACCAUCGCGUACAUCUUCAAUUACAAGUCAAUCAUCCGCAUUAAAUAAACGAAAAGUAAGCGGUAGUGCGCUAGAACCAUCUGGUAAAAACAAAACAAAUACUUCAAAAAUACAAGCUACAGCAGCGACCAAAGUUGGGCAAAAAAAUACAACAGGUUUUGACAACAAUCAACCCAAACGUGUUGAUACAUUGCUAACAAAUCGUUCUGUAAAACCAACAAUUGCAAAUGCGCGAACAACAACAAUUGCAAAACCAGUUGCCAGUAAUCAUUUGUCUGCGCGUAAACCAUCAUUACCUCCUACAGCAAUAACUGCUGGAGGAAAAACUCAAAAUAAAGAAAAUACUUCUCAUUAUCGAUUAAAAAGCAAUUCAAUACAUUCCAAAAAUGAUAAUCUACACGGUUCUAAAAACCUGAAUUAUCUAAAUGAAGUGGCAAACUCGAUAAGUUCAACCGACUCCAGUAUACCAGCUCCUCCAAGCAAUUCUACAUCACCAUCGUUAUCAAAUUCUAUUCACAGUAGUCAUUCAGAUUUAACACCGGCAUCAGUAUUAGCCCCUCAAAAUCAACAAAAAUUAUCAUCAAAUGUUUUACUCCGUUCAUCGUAUCCCUCGACCGUAUUGGAUAGCGUAAAUAAACCUUCAAAACCUCUAAACACAACGGUAAACAAAAUCUAUGGCUCAAAUCAUCGACCUUAUACAAUACAUUCAUCAAAAUCAGUAAAUCCCACUACUCAGAAAUUGGUUGUUUCAUCAUUAACUAGUCAACAAUCAUCAAAUAAAAUUGAAACAUUACAAAACGAGUUAAUUAUUCAACGUUUAUUAUGUACGUCAUUGGAAAAAACACAUGAGAUUAGUGUUGUACAAUAUAAGAAUUUAUUACAGGCUUUUGACGCCAUGACCGUACUCACAAAUUAUUAUCUUAAUCAGAAUGAACGAAUCCAAAACAAGUUAUCCAAAAAUAUUCAACAUUUUAGAAAUAUCAAUGAACAGUUAAUUCGACAACAUGACCAUUCAAAGCGUGAAACAAAAGAAUUAUAUGAAAAAAUUACUCAUGACUUACAUGAACAUCAUAAUCAUCAAAUUAAACAACUAGAAGAUAAACAUAAAAAUGAUCUAUUAGAGUAUGAGGGUCGUCUGAAUAAUCAAAUACAAGAAGCAAAUAAUGAAAAGGAGGAAGUUGAACGUCGUUGUCAAUUAUUACAAUCUCGUUUACAAACUCAUUUGGAUAAUAUAUCUAAAAAUGAUAUCAAUGAUACAUUAAUGAAACAAAUUGAAACAUUAGAAAAAGAUCGAGAAAGUUUACAAACAGUUGUAGAAAUGAAAAACAAAGAAAUAGCACAAAUAAGAAUUAAAUAUAAUGAACAAACAUUUGCACUUGAAGAUAAACGAGCAUUACAGAAAAAAAUUGAAAUUAUUGAAAAUCGAAACGAAGAUUUAUUAUGUUUAUUACAAAGACGGGCUGGUAUUGAAAAAGAAGCAGUCGUUCAACGUAAUCAAUUGGAACAAAUGUUUUUACAAAAGGAACGUGAAAAUCGUCGAUUAACAUUUGAAAAUGAAACAUUAUUAUAUCGUUUAAAUAAUAAAUAUUCAGCAACAGAAUACGAUUGUAAAACACCCACUAGAGAAUCAUCGUUAACAACAUCUCUCUCAUUAUCACAUCCAAGGAUAAAAAAGACAAAAUUAAAUUCGUUACCAAUUCAUCAUAGUGUUGAUUCAGAAUUAUUUCGACCAACGAAAAAGAAAGAUUCAUCAGUAUUUAUUUUUGAGAAUAAUCUCGAAAACAUGCCAUAUUUAAAACUCCCACCGUCUCAUCAGAGUGUCGAAUUAUUUUAUGAAUUACAUGGAAAUGGAAAUACAAAAUUAUUAUUUAUUAUGGGACUAUUGACGGAUGGCGAAGCAUGGAAAAAUCAAACUGAUUUUUUUCGACAAAAUGCCGAAUAUCAGGCAGUCAGCUACGAUAAUCGUGGUUGUGCACGUUCAUCAACGCCAUUUACACUUGAAUACACAACACAACAAAUGGCAAAAGAUGCAUUGUAUCUAAUUAAUCAUUUAGAAUGGAAACAAUGUCAUGUAAUAGGUGUUUCAAUGGGUGGCAUGAUUUCAUUGGAAUUUGCUAUAUUAGCACCGGAAAAAAUAUUAUCGUUAUCGUUAGUGGCAACUCAUGCUGGUGGAAUAUCAGGGCGUGCACCAUUCGUAGGUAUUAGACAUAUACUAACAUCAUUAUCAACAAAAAAUGAAAAAAUACAAUUGGAAAAUGCCAUGCUUAUGUUAUAUGGAAAACGAACACUAUCCGAUCCAGAUAAACAUAAACUUAUUUAUGAUUAUCAUUCGACGCGUUUUAAAUCGCGUAUUAAUCCCAAACUUACAGGCGUCGUUGGACAUAUUCUCGCUGUUCAACGUCAUUACAUUAAUUAUGCAGAUUUAUUAAAAAUACGUUAUUCUAAUUUUCCAUGUUUAAUUAUUGUUGGAACGGAAGAUAGACUGGUGCGAGAGGCAAAUUCGUACAUGUUGCAAAGAGUACUUGGAUGUAAAUUAGUUAAAUUAGAUGAUGCUGGACAUGGUAUUCCCGCCGAGCGUGCAGAUGAACUUAAUAAAGAAUUAUUAGCUUUGUUUGAAUCAACUGCAAAAGGUUCCAAAGAUUUAGAAUCAAAAGGUUAUGUUAGUUCACAUGAGCAACAAAUUGUCAAAGAACAUUCAUCGACACAUUUACCACCUGCUUAUGAAACUGAAUUGUCUGCUUUACAAUUAUGUUGUCAACAUCGCACACAUUGUUUUAUUUAUAAUUUAUUUGGAUUUAUACAAGGUGUACUAUUGGGUAUAAUAUUUUGUUUCAUAUUUUAUAAGACAAUAUUUACGAGUUCCGAUAUUUCAAUGACAAAAUUUGAUCAUGCAUUUAAGUUUGGCAUGUUAAUGGGAUGUUUAAAAGGUGGCUAUCGAGCUCUACGAUGUAUUUAUAACUCAUUUCGAGCUCGCCUUUACGUUAGUAAGAACAAAUUGAUAUUGAAACAAGCAAGUGCCGGUAUCGGUAUUGAUUUACCAGAAAAUCAAGAUGGAACACGUUCGGGAAUACCGGCUGGA